AUGUCAACAACAGAGAACACAACAACAGUUAUAGUCCAUGAAGCUAUAAAUGAAGAAUAUGAGUGGGUUCAGUUUAACAAACAACUCCGUCUCAUUCGUUCAGUCAAAGACGAUAUGUACCAAAUGCAAAGUAUUUUGACAGCAUGUUUUGCUCCAGAUACUAAGAAACCACAAGACUGGUUUAGGAACCAAAGCACACAAGAACUAUUAAAUGAAGCUGAAAAUUCGACUACGGAUUUUUUCGUAGUCGCAAAAACUCGAGUAGGGAAAAAAACGCAGUCGCCUAAAACUCAUGAAAACAGUGAAGAACAGCGAGUAGGUAAAAAACCCCAGUCGCCAAAACUCUAUGAAAAUCGUGAAAAAUUGCCAAACGGUUUGAGAGGAUAUUAUGUACAUAGACUUCUUGUAAAUGCUGUUGCAAUGUGGGCUUCGCCUCGUUAUGCUUGGUAUAUUUACAGACUUCUUGACGAAAUUCAUAGACAAGAACGUGAAGAGCUAGAGAACAAGCUUGAAGCAAAAGACAAAAGCGUUCAGAAAAGAAUACCACGUUCGGUACCAAAAGGUAAGGAAAAGAACUAUAAGUAUAUGAUUUAUACUGAAGAGAUGGAAAAUGAAGAAGACAGAGAUAUGGUUAUGUUGCAUUUAGUCAGAAGAAACAACAAAAGCUUUUACGACCUUGCUAAGAUUUACAAAUCUGACAGAAAUUGGUUCUAUCGCGAAAACUUACCGAUUUCAAUGACCCCAAAUGAAGAUGUGAAACAAAUAGUUCAAGAUACGUUACCUCAGACACACUAUGAUAUGAAAGGUUGUACAAUACUUACAUUCAAAGAAGAUUUGCCGCUACUGAAGGAAAAGAUAACAGAGUAUUUCGAUAACUUCAAAGAGGAAGAGUAA